AUGAGCUCCAAAACCGGAAGUCGUCCACCACGACAGCAACCACACCGCAGCGCGAAACGUCCCAAACUCGCAAACGUUCACCUUCCCCCGGAAAUCUGGGAGCACAUCUUCCGCUUCAUUCCCGGCUUCCAGCUGCUGCGUUUGCGGCUGAUUUGCCACCACUGGAACGAUGUCAUCUCCGGCAGUCCCGCGCUGAUGGGUCGGUUUCAUUUCUGCGUAACUGGCCGGGGACGCCAGGGACGGAUGACGCGCGAUUACGCGCCGCCCGGGUUGAACACGAUGGUCACGCAAGUGGUGGUGCGGAAGUUUAGGAUCGAGGGAGUUGGAGCAUGGUUCCGGGACAUCGCUCCGAGGCUUACGGAACUGCAUCUGAUUGACUGUGACUUGAGUGUGGAGGUUCUUUUUGGAAUGCUGCGGCUUACUCCGAAUCUGAAGAGUUUGGUUUUGAAUUUUCUGCGAUUCACCGGUUCCGCAGAGCCGGAAUUUCGCCUGAAUCGUCUUACGUACUUGUUUUUUGAUCACGUUGGUGAUAAGACGGAAGAUCACGUUUUGAACGGAUUCGAGCGUAUGGCACCGUGUUUGGAAACACUCGACCUUGGGAUCAACAUCGAAUCGAAGAAAGUGGAAGUUCUGGAGUGGAUCCGAACGAUGCAGGCCAGUCUGCGGAAUCUUCAGCUGCCCAGGGAGCCCUACAUCAUGGAAGGACUCUGCCAGUUGAAGGAGUUGCGACUUAAGCUGGUAUCUCUGAACGCAACUUUUCCGGACGAUCUUGAGUUGUGGACCAGGUUUUGCCGGAUGCAGCCGCACGUGGAGAUUCUGACGAUUACGACGAACGAUGCAGAGAUUCUUGCCGAAACAGGCCGAUUGCUGCCCAAGCUGAGGCAACUGGCGCUGAUCGUGCCCGGUCCAAUGGAAGUGUCCUUCCUGGCAACCAUGCCGCUCCUUGAUUACUUGGAGAUUACUGGUUCGAACGUAUAUCCUGUUGCCAAAGUCUCGUUCCUCAGCCACAGCUGCCCAAGCAUGGAACAAUUCGUUUUGAAGAAUGUGGAAACGAAGGACGUGUUCCAAUUUCUGCAUCAAUCUCCGAAACUUGCUCGAUUGCACCUCGAUGAUUGCAGCCUGGACUAUUGUCAGGUGGUUCAGAGAAAUUUCCCCAACUUGAUCUCACUGACGCUGGACAGCAUUCACUAUCCCAUCUACUUGCUGGACGUAGUAUUCAAUCAUUGCCCAAAGCUGGAGGAACUGCAUCUGUUUGGCCUCCGAUAUCUGGACGAUAACGUGGUGCGUGAUUUUUGCAAAAAGUUGAAGCUCCUGAAGAAGCUGAGUCUGGUGUUUUUACGUUGCGUCACGGAUGAAUCCGCCCGGUACAUCACGCGGUACUGCCGCGUGCUAGAAGAGCUGUCCGCGGACUUUUCCGACGCCGUGCUUGAUCGUAUUGAAGCCACUCGUCGGAACAUUCGAGUCAAACGGAGCAUCUACUCCGAUGACGAGGAUGACGACGACCAUGACGAUGAGUAGCGUUGCCAUUUUGAACUAAAUAUCACUUUUUCUUCAUAAAUAAAUCAA